AUGAAGUUAUUAACUUUUAUUUGGUUUUUAUUGUUUUCUUUAAUCCAUAAAGUUUACGCUCAUAAUGUUCUUUUACCCGCAUAUGGCCGCCGUUGUUUCUUUGAACAAUUAGGUCGCGGAGAUGAACUUUCAAUCUCUUUUCAAUUUGGUAAUAGAGAUCCUCAAUCUUCUGAGCAGUUGACAGGUGACUUUAUUGUAUAUGGAGCCUCUCGUGGUGAAGAAUUGAAGUUCUUGAGGGAUGUUUCGCAUGGGGAAGUUACCAUCAAUGCUAAUGCAGAUGGAAAAUAUAAAUACUGCUUCCUAAACGAAAGAAGCGGAAUUGUAACAAAGGAUGUCUCUUUCAAUAUUUACGGUGUGGUUUACGUUGACCUGGAUGAUCCAGUGUCCAACACAUUGGACGGCGCCGUUAGAAGGCUAUCAAAAUUAACUAAGGAAAUCAAGAAUGAGCAAUCUUACAUUGUCAUCAGAGAAAGAACACAUAGAAAUACUGCUGAAUCUACCAAUGACAGAGUGAAGUGGUGGUCCAUCUUCCAACUUGCUGUUGUUGUAGCACAGUCCUUGUUCCAGAUCUACUAUUUGAAGAGAUUUUUCGAAGUCACUUCUUAUGUUUAA